AGAGCAGAGAAACAUCCUUUUUUCCGGCGUGAAGAGCCGUGAGGUUCGUCCUACUCGUGGUCGCGAUAAAAUUAUCUGCGAACAUCGGGAUAUCAGAGAGAUUCAUUCCCGAAUUCGCGUCACACUCGUAAUUACAUACAUCUUCAAGAUGGUGAAGAUUAUGAAGACGGGGAAAGUCGUACUGGUCCUCAGUGGCCGGUACGCGGGAAGAAAAGCCAUCGUUAUGCGCAAUUACGACGAUGGUACUACGGAUAAGCAGUACGGACACGCCAUGGUUGCUGGCAUCGACCGAUACCCGCGCAAGGUCCACAAGAGGAUGGGAAAGGGCAAGUUGCAUAAACGUUCCAAGAUCAAGCCUUUUGUUAAAAUCUUAAAUUACAACCACCUAAUGCCAACGAGAUAUACCGUAGACCUACAAUUGGACAAAGUAGCGCCAAAGGAUCUCAAGGACCCAAUGAAGCGCAAGAAGGUUCGUUUCCAGACCCGUGUCAAAUUUGAGGAGAGGUACAAAAACGGCAAGAACAAGUGGUUCUUCCAGAAAUUAAGAUUCUAAUUGUUUAUAAAUAAAAGUCUGACACAAAUGUGAAAAGAGAA